AUGCCUGUUGUGUCUCAAUCCCGUUUUACCCCCACAUCCUCCCCCAUUACGGGGUGCCGAUCUUCACUCACGUCCUCUUUAGACAACCCCUACUUCCGCAGUAGUGGAACGUAUGUCACGUCAACUCUACGCCGUAGUUUUGGAGAUCGAACUACCGAAUUUAGAUCUAAAUAUUCAGAAAUCGACGGCAAGAGGGAAAGAAAAACCUCGCUAGUGGAGUAUUCGAGGACAUCCAGAGCACCAAGUGUGACAGACUCGGAUAGUGGGAUUUCGAGAUAUAGGACAGAAAGGAGUGAAUCCAGAUCUAGAGAUGUGUCGACUACGAGGAGCGAAAGUAGCAGAACGAAUGAUGCUAACAGGAAAAAAAGGGACGUCCUCAGCUCGGCGGCUCUUGCCAUGUCGACCGCUGAGCUCUACAACAAAUACUCGCCGGCUAACUAUGUGCCGCUAACACAACGGAUUCAAAAAGAGUACGAGAUAUCAAGAUCUAAGUCCAUUUCGAACGAUAUAGGCCGCCCUCCCGCUUCCGAGUUCAGAAUACGAAAGCCGAGGACAGCCACCAUAUCCGAGAAACCGGAAGGAAGAAGAUACAAAGAAACAUCGCCCACCUACCCACCAAUGUACAGCAAGCGAAACUCUAUGACCAACGGCAUAAAAGAUACCAAUGGAAACGAAGUGCCAUCCGUUUCCGAAAUACGAAAGAGAAUCGACUCAAAAAUGACAGUCACCAAACUACCUGCAAACGAUCCCAAAUACACCAACAACACUGUGGAGCAAUAUCUUAAUAAGCUCAAAGAUUGCGAAAAUGGAACAAGCGGAUAUACAAAAUACAACUCGAAAGACGACCAACCUGUCCCAAUACAUUUGCCGAGCGAAAAGAAUGGCAGAUACGAAUCACCAACAAAACUUUCGGAUAUAACCAUCAGCAAGACUUUAUCUGAACCAGUGUCUUUAGCGAAACCGUCAUUAGACAAAUCCAUCACAUGUACCUCGCUUUCAAAAACCGAUAAGUUGGCCAGUAUCAAGAGUCAACUGGAUCCUAAUAACCCAAUCGGGAAGAUUCUAGAAAGAUCAACGGUUAUACAAACGGAGAAUGGAGACGUAGAAGAUAAGAGAAGUAGCCCUGAAGUUAGGAAUUUGAAGAACGAUAUAGAAAAGCAAGUAAAAACGCCAAAACAUACGUCGAAUUUUGCGUCCUAUAUACAGAUUUCGCAACCGGUGGCUUCAGGGCUUUCCCCGAAAGCAGAUAAGAAGAAGAUUAAGUACAUAGAUACAGAACUGGAAGAAUCGCCGACUGGUUUUGAGAAUAAGACCUUUGAACACGAGAAUUAUUUAAAGAAAAGAUCGGAAAAGUUGGAAGAUGGAAUAAACUCUAUGGAAACUAGUACGGAGAGCACGAUCAGUGAGCCCACUGAUUCUAGUUCCGAAACGCCACCCGCCCGAAGGAGGAUCUUGGACAAAGACUAUGAUGAUAUCAAAACGGAGUUGGCUGGGGGUAAAAGUGGACCGAGCGGCCUACGCAGAAGUAGCGAGCCGCAGACAGACCAACAUUCCACUGCUAGUGGUCUCAAUGGUCUCCGCAACAUCGGCAACACAUGUUUCAUGAACAGCGUGUUCCAAUGUCUCUCGAACACUCGCCCACUGCUCGAAUACGUGUCGGAUGAUAAGUACACGGCCGACAUUAACACCACGCUCAGCUGUAUGAAGGGCGCGUUGAUCAAGGCGUUCGCGAGCGUUAUUAAAGAGCUGUGGCGCAGUGGGGAACGCGAUACCGUCGUGAACACGACGUCGCUCAAGUCUCAGGUCCAACGUUUCGCGCCUCGCUUCAUGGGAUACAGUCAGCAGGAUGCACAGGAGUUUCUGCGCUACCUGCUCGAAGGUCUUCACGAAGAUGUGAACCGAGUCACAAUUAAACCCAAACCGAUUUUGACAGAGAUUGACGAUAGUUUGAGCGACGCAGCAAAGGCGGCGGAAGCCUGGAACCGCUACCUCCGCAUGGAGGACAGCCGAGUGGGAGACAUCUUCGUGGGACAACUCAAGUCCACGCUGCGGUGCACUUACUGCAAACACGACAGCGUCACCUUCGACCCCUUCUGGGAUUUGAGUUUGCCAAUUCCGUCUCGCACGGGCAAUCUCAAGUUGCAGCAAUGUCUUCAGCACUUUGUUAAAGAGGAAGAGUUGGAUGGAGAUGAGAAACCGACGUGUUCAAAGUGCGGAGUGAGACGGAAGUGCCUCAAAUGGUUCACGGUCCAGAAGUUCCCGCAGGUCUUGGUGCUGCAUCUGAAGCGUUUCUCCCCCACCGAGCGGUUCCGGGGCAAGCUGAGCGUGGUGGUGGAAUUCCCUCUGACCGGCCUCGACAUGUCUCCUCUCGCGGCCAACAAGACCAGCUCGGCCGUCUACAACCUCUACGCCGUCAGUAACCAUUCGGGCACCACGUACUCCGGCCACUACACGGCGUACUGCAAGCACCCGUACACCGGGGAUUGGCACGAGUACAACGACUCCAGAGUGUCCCCGAUAAAGCCCCGAGACGUGGUGUCGUCGGAGGCCUACGUGUUGUUCUACGAGUUGGCCUCCUCCACGUAG